CUUUUAUAUACCAGGGGAGGCCCACCCUUCCCAGGCAGGGCUGGGAAAGAAAUCCAAAGUCGUGACUCAGGAGGAGCCUGAGGAAGACAGAAGCCCUGCAUAUCUCCAAAAGCCACCUCACCGAGUUCUUCCCACCGGGCAAAGCUGUGUAGUGCGAGAACUGAGUAUUUUAUAAUUGUGUUUGCCUGAAUGCAUCAGCCUUUGGAUGUGAGCUUCUUUUCUUGAAACAGCCUUGCGACGUCUUAGCUGCCUGUUCUCCUGGGAGAUCCCUCAGCAGAUCCUGUCUGCACAUCUCACCCUGCCCCUGGAGGGACUGCCUUGCUCCCAGAUCUGAACCAUGUCUCACCCAUCCUGGUUGCCACCCAAAAGUACCAAUGACCCUGUUGGUCACGUUACUGCAAGGAUGGAGACCACGCAUGCCUUUGGGACUCCCAGCAUCUCGGUGUCCACCCAGCAGACACCAAAGAAGUUUGCGCCUGUUGUUGCCCCCAAGCCAAAGUACAAUCCAUACAAACAACCAGGAGGUGAUGGGGAUUUCCUUCCUCCACCUCCACCUCCUGUUGAUGACCUUGGGAAUAUGUCUGCACCACCCAGUGCCUUCCCCCCACCGCCCCCUCUGGAUGAUGUUUCUUUCAACGUGCAGGUGAAUCCUGGUGGCAAGACCCUUGAAGAAAGACGAUCCAGUUUAGAUGCAGAAAUUGACUCUCUGACCAGCAUCCUGGCUGACUUAGAAAGCAGCUCUCCUUACAAGCCUCGGACUCAACAGGUUAGUGGUGCAUUGCGUAAACUGAGAGUGGGAAACGGGCCAGAAUCGACUGCUGGAGUCAAUUUGCUAACCACUUGGUAUUUGUUGAGAGCAGGCAUGCCAGUUUGUCCUGAUAGCAUCCAGAUGUAUCUUUCUGUCUCUGUGCAUGGAUUUCCCCCUAAUUAUUCUCCAUCCUACGGCCCUCCGCCGAUGCGCCAGCCGGGAGCGACGCCGCAGUACGCUCCUCCCCAGCCUCGUGGGCCUGACUACGGCUAUGCCCCGCAGCCCGCGCGGCCCUCAGAGCCCAACUACGGCUACGCACCUCUUCCAGGCCGGUACCAGGACCCGUACUACACGGGAUACGGAGGGAGGAAUGGCUCAGAGCCACCCUACGUGCCCCAAAACACCUGGAAGCCCGAGCCAGCAUAUCCUGCCAGCAACACCAUUGGCCAGACUCCUCCUGGCUUGUACCAGCCACCCGGCACAAAGAAGACCUACAUCACUGACCCAGUGCUGGCUCCGCAGCCGCCCGCUCUGCAAAAGAGCGGGUAUCCAAGCUCUGGGCCUGCAUCAAGCACUCCUGCCUUCAGGCCUGAGGAUGAGCUGGAACAUUUGACCAAGAAAAUGCUGUAUGAUAUGGAGAAUCCUCCCUCAGAUGACUACUUUGGCCGCUGUGCCCGCUGCGGGGAGAACGUUGUCGGGGAAGGCACGGGCUGUACGGCAAUGGACCAGGUCUUCCACGUGGACUGCUUCACCUGCAUGAUGUGCAACAACAAGCUGAGGGGACAGCCUUUUUAUGCGGUGGAGAAGAAAGCCUACUGCGAGCCCUGCUAUAUUAACACGCUGGAGCAAUGCAGUGUCUGUGCGAAGCCCAUCAUGGAAAGGAUACUCCGAGCUACUGGGAAGGCCUACCAUCCCCACUGCUUCACCUGUGUGAUGUGCCAUCGCAGCCUGGAUGGGAUCCCCUUCACUGUGGAUGCUGGUGGGAACAUCCACUGCAUCGAGGAUUUCCACAAGAAAUUUGCUCCGAGAUGUUCAGUGUGUAAGGAGCCUAUUAUGCCAGCCCCGGGACAAGAGGAGACCGUACGCAUUGUCGCCUUGGAUCGUGACUUCCACGUCCAGUGCUACCGGUGUGAGGACUGUGGCGGCCUCCUGUCUGAAGGGGACAAUCAGGGCUGUUACCCUCUGGAUGGACACAUCCUUUGCAAGACCUGCAACUCAGCUCGGAUCCAGGCUCUUACUGCUAAGGCCAGCACUGAUCUCUGAGUAGCAACUGUGACCCUCCCCAGACUGCCUGUUGGGAGAAUUGCACAAGCUUUGCAUGAUUUCUUUCCAGCCUAGAGCCUAAGUCUUUCUUUAAAAAAAGUAAAACUGGAAGGCCUUGGAGCAAGAGGGCCGUUGUAAAGGCCGUGUUCAGACUGCCUGUGAUAGGCACCUAAUUUAAAUGUGACUAUUCAGGUGGGUGGUGAGUCAGUUAGACCACCUGCUAUCUCUGCAAUUAAUGGAGGGAAGGGGUCACAGCACCAAAGUUAUGUGCCUAUAGAAGGAGGUCUGAACAUGGUCCUAAAAAUAUUUGUGUUUGAUUCCUAUCUCCCAAGAAGCACAUGAAGGUGGCUGAGCUAGAUUCUUCUCCUAAGUCCUCUUGAGAACCUGACCCCUCUCUCUUUGAAGUCUUGGGGACCUUCCCAUUGACUUUAAUGGGAACUGGAUCACCAGAAGAAGUCACUCCAUUGUAACAGAAGGUGUAAAACCAGGGUGAGAAUAGAACCAGCACCUCUCUCAUCACAACACAAACCAUGCAACUUCAGAUGUACUGCACGUAAGAGUGUAGGUGUGACCUCAUAUCUUUAGGACACGGAUUUGUUAUCUACAUCUUUUUCUUAGGCCCUUUCUUGUCUCCAUUCCCUUCCAGUUCAAUAGGUUUUUUUUCCUUUUUCUUAUGAAAUUAUAUUUUGCUACUGCAUAAAUUUAUUUGGUAGUGAUGCUUCCAAUUCACAGAUGUAUGAGCAAUCACAGAAGGAUGUGAGCUUGCACACACUAUACACAGGCACACUACACACACACACACACACACACACACACACACACACAAACUACACACUACACACACACGCACAAACACAAAAUGUGCUUUUGAUUUACUAGAGGUAUAAAGCUAAUUAUGCCUGUUGAGAAGGUCUUUUAAGGAUCUGGGGCUGGAAAUACCUUUUAAAAUCCCAGUGGUUACAAGAAACUUUACUACACAGAACUGCAGUGCAAAGGGUUGCUCAAAAAAAUCUUAUGCCACUCUUUCACGUGUCCCAUUAUAGAGGGCCCAAUGGCAGUGCUGGUUUCCAGGCAGAUAGAUGUGUAAGCAAUGGAGUCUUGUUCCGUCUCCUGUAAGGGGUAGAUUCCCAUCAACUGUAACAGGAACUGAAUGAAGUCUUGGGAUAGACAAGAACAUGAUUCACUAAUGGUAGUGUACUUGAUUUGGAGUUCUGGUAAAAAAAAAAAAAAAAAAAUUAUAUAUACAUGCUGUAGUUCAGUUUUUAGCUUAAGAAAGCUAAAGUAGGUGUUAAACCCUUCUCUGUGCCUCCCAAAAAGCAAGCAAUUUUUUCCUCUUUCAUUUUCAUCUCAAUUGCUUAUUACUUCUCUCUGGUGAAAUGUCAUUGCAGAAGGAGCAGCAUUUUUAUCCUCUGUCCAGAAUUAAUACUUACGCCAAGGCAAAUAAAAAGCUGGGCACAGGCACCUCUUUUUUUUUUUUUUUUCCUGUUGUUAGUGGAGGCUUUUUUUAAUUUUGUUAAUUAAAAAAGAAAUUAUAAAUCCAUGGCUUAUUCUAUGCAGCUAUAACAUUCUCGUUCAUGAAACCCAUAAUAACUAAGGUGCAAAUUACAUAGUGAGGGAGUAAUUUUCAUAUCAUUGAAUUGACAUUAAUAUCUUAUUUGCAGAUGUAAUCAAAGAAAAUACCUUUCUGUGCACUUAACAAAUUAAGAAGCAAAACUGAAACAGUUGCGGGCUGAUUGACCAUAUUAGUAACAAACUGGCACUUUUCAAGAUUAAGUUCUAACAGUUUCUUUUUCACACACCCACUGAAGAACAAGGAGACUGCGAUGCUUUCUUCUUUAAUCUCUGUAACAGAAGCCCAGUAUAGUUAUACCCACUAAUGCAGAAAAGAAAAAAAAAAAAGUUAGAUGAGAUGGACCAAUAGGAAAUGAAGAGGAAGAAGUGAGGUACUGACUACAGCUCCUGCAAAUGGUACAUUUCCUUUCAGUUUAGACACUAACCUUUAUGGAAGAACACUGUGAAAUUUAAUAGCUUUAACUGUCAACAGUGAAUUCGGAUACAGAAACAUAGAUCUGAAAUCUCUAUUCCUUACAUGGUUUGUAUGUUAGCAAGGUCCGCUGAUGUCAGGGGAGAUUUCCAAAAUUUGCAGGUCAGAAUGAAUCCUCUUUAUAGAAGGGUGGCAUCAGUAAGCAAAAGAAAUCGUUCUCCACCGUAGUGGCUGUGCUGAAGCAGUUAACCUUUUUAUACUAGAUUUCUACCCUGGCCUUCAAGAAUUUUGCUUCCUCGAACAUAAACAGAUUAUUUUUGUACCGUGACUCCUGCCAGAUUCCAUCUGGGCUCCCUAAGUGUGGCACCAUCAAAAACCCUCACAACUAUUGAGCAAAUCCGGUUUGAACUAGCCCUACAAAAAUAUGGAAGUUCAAAGCUGGGAUGACAACUUCCACCGUAUCUCUGUGGAGGAUUUUAUGUCUCUUGAAAGUACAGGAAGGGGUGUGAUGUACGCUGGCACAGAGCAAGCCAGUCAUCAGGCAGCAAACACACUCUGAACUUCCUUAUUCUUGUUAGUUUUAAAUCAGGUGGCUGAUGAGACUCUCCUGAAUAACACUGGGCAAACUGGUGGGAGCAGGUUGUUGCAGCUGCAUGCAGAAUGUGGUCUAGAUAAGAGACUCAGAACGUUAAAACCUUUGGGGUAUCUGUGGUAUGUAGGUUUGGGAUUCCUGUCUAUUUGAAAGUUAAGGGCCAGCUAGCACAUCUAGAUCUGAAUCUCGCUGUGAUUAGGGUGCUGUGGUGAGUUGGGCUGGUGUGCAGGGAGGUGAGAGCCAAACUUUUCAAGCAUUGUGUACACCUUGGGUGGAAGCAGUUUGACAAAGCUUGAGCAGUGCUCUUGUUUGAUGCAUUAUGGCUAAUUUCUAUACCUGGCGUAUCUGGGCAAAGAUACUAUCAUGCUUUUUCUUUCACCUCUGAAAUGCUAAAUCCAACUACCUGUUGAAAGGAGCGAGUGUCCAAAAUACUCUUCAUUUUCUGUAAUGCAUGUGGUUUGGCUUCAAAAAUUGCUAUCAAUAUAUUUGAAAUAAAUUGCACCUAUGUACAUGUAGCAUAGAGGCUCUCAUCAACCACCUGUGUAUGGAAAUCUCCCCUUGAUGCAUCAGGAUUUAAUUAGGAAAUGCUGGUGGGCCUGUCUCCAUUGCACUGCAGUUAAGAACCAUUGGGAUAUUGCUUCAUCAUAAUCUUUAUCAUGUAUUUAUUAUAUAUCCUCAUUUAUCUGUUCCAAAGAAGGAGUCUUUUUGCCAAAGAGACCUUGCUUUUUUUAAGAUGCACUUCUUAGCCAUGAAAAAAAUUCACAUCAUCUGUGGCUAUGGUAAUGUCCAAAAUGUUCCUUUCAGAAAGAACUGGAAGAUCACACAGACAUUUCUGUUUGAGUCUGCAGAAUUUUUGCUUGUGCUGCCUUGGUUUUUUCUGAUAUUUGUUGGCAAGUAGAACUUGAUCCCAUGUUUUUGUGACCAGAUAGGGCCCAAGAAGGUCCAGGAUCAGGUUGUAAUUUAGCAAAAUAUUUAAGCCCAUGGGGUUUGUUUAGGUAUAGGCUUGAAGUUGCUCUUAAGCCAUGGUUCUACAGUCACUAAUACCAGACUGAUUCUGUAUCACUCAGUCAUACAGAUUUGAUCUGGGCAGGAUGUGGGCACAGUCACAUUUCUGUCAAAUUACCCAGAACGCCUGAUACAGCUCCCGUGUUGCCUUUAGGCCGGCUGCAGGAGGACAAGCAGUAGCUGAUCCAACAUAAUGUUUGUACAACGGGAGAGUGAGUUAAUAAUACAAGAUUGGGGCUUUGUGUCGGGUGGCUUUGGCACUUCCCGUAUUUCACAAGUAGCCCUACAGCCAGAUUUACUGUAUCUUUGAACCAUGGCUUUAAAUGUCUAUUUAAACUUUUUACAGAAGAUUAGGUUGCCUUGGUUACGGCCCAAUCCUUAAGCAUAUCCCCAAGGCUAAAACUAGUGUUUUGUGAAUGUGAUGGUUUUAUUGUCACUUAUUUUAAUCAUUGCCUGAAUGUUGCUUUUAAAAACACAAAGCAACACCAUUGCUUUAGCCUAUCAGAUAAUGCACCUUUAUUUUGUUUUUUUUUUUUUAAUAUUUUAAUUCUUUAGAUUUUUAUCAUAGCUGCAAAACACUUGGGCAAUGACUUAAUCAUAGAGGUGUGGGAGUAGCAAAGUGUUUGUCAUAGUGAACUCUACAUACAGCAUUCAGCCUGGUGGCAGAAGCAGGACUUGAAUGAGACAUAGACCUUAAGUUGCCCUUCUGCCUAUUAGCAAAAUGUGCCUGAGGAGACUGAGGAUGAGGUGUCUUUUAGAGAAACGGUGGAUGUUGAAGAGAAUAUGCAGCAAGUCAUAGCUGAAAUCUUCUUGUUGAAGCUGCAGUGGUUCCUACCUGGUUGAGGUCAGCCAGGCCUAGCCUAGGCUUGAUAAAUGCUGAUUUUACAAUACCAUUUCUUUUAAUUUUGAGAAACUCCAGCAGAUGAGGGAUAAUUGAAUCCCAGAGAAGGUCUGUAAGGGAAAUCCUGUGUCUUUGUCCUCCUUCAGUGUAAGAAAUAGCAGUAUUAGAUACCUGGUGCCUCAGCUAAACAGCUCAAAAAGGAUUGGAGUUUUUAAUUGCUUUUUAUUGAUACCUGGUUCCUGCAGUUGAUUCAACGUGUUGCUUUGAUAUUUGUUCACUAAGCUGUGCUGAUUACACUUUCUAUAGAUUAGAAUACUGUAAGUCAGGGCUAGCAGAGAAAAACGUACUGAAGAAUUUCACUGUGGUGAAAUUCUCAAUAGAAAACAUUAGUGAUGGUAAUUGAGGGUUUGUUGCCAAAGGACAGCAGGAACUACUUAGUACUAUCUAGAGGUUAGUAAGAACAAAUUAAGUACAAAUUACAGAGAGAGCUGUGAGAACACUAUUUCCAGUUAGAGCUGGUCACAAUUUUUACACUAAAUUAUGUGAUGUGAGAAGGACCUUUUUUUAAAUGAGAAAUUUUCUUGUUUUUGCAAUGUUAUCCACAACAGUUUUUCUUGCUAUUUUAAUUAAAACCAUAUUGAGAAUUUUUAUCUAAACAGAUUUCAGAGUUGUUAACAAAUAUUUUCAUUUCUCAAAACCCAUCUCUUCUUUUUCAAUUUUUUUGGUUAUUGGGUUUCUUUUGCUGGUAAAUUAAAGUUUCUAUCACAAUUUUGAAAAUUUAUUAGGUAAAAAUCCUGUUUAAAAACCAGCUAUAUUCUUGGAAAAUGGUUCUGUAUUGGAGCUGGUAUAAUUGGACCUCUGAAACUUUUCACAAGAUGUUUUCCCCUAUUGUUGACUAGUUUUGCUAACUUUGAAGUCACUAUUGCUUUUGUCAGAAAAAUCCAAAUAAUGUGACUCUUCUUAAAAUAACAGUGUUACUUCUGUUGGGCUUAUUUUUCUUUUCCGUCUUAAAGCCAUGGAGUGGCUGGCUACAGGGACUGCCCACGUCUUUUUCUGUGGCAAUUGUGAUUUUCGGGGGCUUACCCUGAAAUCAGUGAACAGAAGCAUUUUAUGGCCGCCACCAUGAAUAUCAAGAGAUACUGAUUGAACUUCAGUCUCCCUAUAUUCUUCUGGGUUUGCGAAUGGCAUUUCUCCUCAAACAUUUCUAGAAAUACUCCCUGUCUUCCUCAGCGUUUCAAGCUUGUAUUUGCAACAACUGAUCGCCUAUCUGGUGUUUGGAGCUACUGAGCGUUGCGAGAGAGAGUAGGUUUAACCAUUUGUGAAAUUAUAGCAUUCAUGUAAAAAUGCAAGGGAAAGACAUAACCUAAGACCUGGUGGCCUUUGGGGACACAGUUCUCAUCGUUAGCCUGCAAGUUCUCUGCUGUGGUUUGAAAACACUAAGCUGGAACAUGGCAGCCCGCUUUGGCAUACGCGCUCACACGCACACAAAAGAUGGUUAUGGGCCUGCAGCUACGUAGAAAUACAGGCAGUACUGCUUAUACCCCACUGGGCUCUACUGCUAACCGCCUGUUCCCAGUCUCUUUUGGCUUCUUCUGACAUGUAUAAGCAAGUGCUUCAUGGAUUGAUCAUUAGCGUCAAUAGCACUCAGUUCUUUUUCUCUUUUUUUGAGACCAUAUCUCUCAUUUUACCUAGAUCUUUUCGAAAAUGAAGAAGGAAGAAGAAGCCCCGAGUGGUGGCGUUACCUUUACAUUUCCCUGGGGCUAGAGUCCCUCGCUAGGAAUCUGGCACUCAGGUUCUCUUUACGUUUCUGCCUCUGUCUCCUGCUGUCUGCAAGCAGCUCUCUUACCCUCUUUUUCCCUUUGCUCAACAUGCAUUCGUCUUUGUAGUGAAGAUGGUAUGUAACUUGCUUCACAGAGGUAUUGUAAGUCUUAGCCAGUAGCUGGAAAAACUUUUUCAGAUCUUUAAUCAAGUAGUUUUGUGCAUCCGUAGUACCAGUGGCCUGCCGCAUGGAUAUCAAAGAAAAUGAUUAUAAUUAUUGCUUUUAAAAUGAUUGUGAAAUUGUGCCUUACUUUUUCAGUCAUGUUUAACCGUGUAAUUUAGAACCACAUGAUUGCAGGGAUUUAUCAUGAAGAAAUUUGUUUGAAGGAUAGUUUGUUUGUUUUUAAAUAUUUUUUCUCCAAAAAUGAAUUUAUUAGCGUUGCCUCUUUUAUUUUUUCCUCCAGUUUUAUUCCUUUAAUAUAUUUAUGUAAAAGGGCAGCCAGAAUUUGCGUUUGUGAGAGACAGAAGAUUUUAUUUUGUCUUGUAUGUAGAGCUUUCAUUUUCUUUUAUGUUUCUUCAGGAAAAUUCCUCUCUGCCCAAGUAUUCAUACUUAGAUGUCUUUAAAUGCAGGCGGACCAGUGAGAUUUGUUUUGUUUUGUUUUGUUUUUUAAUUAACUAGAUAUCAGGUACUGGGGAGCUGGGGAGGCAUUGCACAUUAAUGCAGAAUGUUAAUGCUGACAGUCAUUGGAAAGACAAAAUUAGAGUCUUUCCGUGUCUCCAGUGCAGUUUUGUUGCUGUUUUGUGUACAACACUAAUAUUAAGCCAGACUGUAAAGGCAAAAUACUCAGUGUGACCUACUUCCAUUCAGCAGUAAGAAUCUUUUGUCAGCUGACUCCUGCUUGUUUGUUCAUUUUUAAAUGUCAGAUUACAGAACUAGCAUCUCCUAAAGAUGAAAGAAAAAGGUGUUUUCCUGUGCAGAAAAUCUGGGGUUGCCGUAACAGAACAUUUUCUUUUUGAAUUUGGAUGUCACGGUGUUUUAAGCUCCUGCCUGGAGCCUAAAUCAAUGUGGCCUCUCAUCCAGUUCAUCUCACUGGUGCUCCUGAAAGGCUGCAGCCCUGCAAAAGCUCAUGCAGCAUUUUUUGGCCGCUUUCCCUUGCUCCCAUUUGGUACAUAUUUGCACAAUUUAACUGAGCUUUUCUUUCUGCUGAAGGUCAGAUGCAAGCGAUACGAAACACUAAACUUUAUAAACAAGCAAAGCCAUUUUAACCACAGCAUUUUGGACAAGAAUGCAUUUUUAGGUGGCGCACUGUCUGCUGGCCUUUGGAAGGGGGAUCCUGAGAUGACAUUUGACUGGAAGAGGAUGCAAAGCCACAAGCCUUGGUUUUUUAAUAAGCUACUUACUGUAAUCCAGCUACACAGUUUCAGCCUCACACUUCAGAAGAAGCUUCCAGCAGCAAUGCACGUACAGUCACUUUCCCUCUUUCUUGCAGAAAGUGAAACUUUCCCAGCCACUGUAAAUUUAAGCUAUUGCAUAAGAUGCUGGAAGUUUUUUUCCUUAGGAUUCUUUCUGUAACCUCUACGAGCAAAGGAUGAAUAGCUUUUUUUUCUCCCUCUUUUUUUUGAUAAGAUUAGAUGUUGCAUAUUGAUGAGCUAGCAUUUCAAAGGUCCGUGGGGCUUUGGAACAUAUUAAGAAUCUCUGAAGUUUAAUAUUCACCCUGUUUUAAAUAUUCAGAAGCAAAAAUCUGCAUAAAAUGGCUUUGGAUACGUACAUUCUAGGGGUUCGUUCUUUCUAUCUUGCACAAGUGCUGCGGGGGUUGUGGCUGUGCUGGUUUUGUUCCAGAGUGACUUUUGUUUCAGCUUAUCAGAACCAUUUUGGUCCCAUUUGCGUGUUCAGCGCUUGUCCUGAAGUCUUUUACCGUUUCCACUGGGACUGGGCUCCAGGCAAGUGGAUGCAGCCAAGGCAAAGAGCAGUUCAACACCUGUCUGCUUUGCUGCUCCCCUCCUGUGACACCAGGGCAUGUAGGGCCUUGAGCUGAGCCUCCUUUUAGUGACACAAGUUGGGACUAGCCUAGCAGCCAGACCUGGCUAAGGUCUUUCUCAAAAGGCGCUCCAUGCUGGUGGGGAUUUAAGGAUGGAGAGGGCAAGAGGCUGGAGCAAAGUAAAGUGCCAUUCAGUGCAUCACAAAUCCCACAGGGCAGUUUUCCCCUCCCUUGGAUGUCCUUUUUUGGUAAGAGUGAGAGUGGCAAGGGGAAUGUUUUUAGGAGAAAUUUGUCCCUGGGAUGUCCUGUUUCUCAUCUCUGUUGAAAAUCUGAUGUAAGCUUUAGAUGAGGAGGAUCAGUUGUGGGCUGUGAACGCUCAGCUCUUCUGCGGUAUUAGUAACUCUCUCGUUUGCCUUACCCUUGACUUCCCACUGUGCAUACGCCAGCAUGCAGGGCAGGCUCUUUGGUCCUGCUCACCAGCCUUAAUGCUGUCAUGCCAGUCCCUGCUGAAUCAGUGCCUAGUGCUUGUUCUCAGGACUGCUCUUGCUUGGGCCAAGGGCGUCUGUGUGCCUAUGCGGAAGGUGGUUCUUUCAUUUUUGGCUUACAAAUAAUGCAGCCCUUUGCAAAUCACCUUUCCCUCUUAUGUAUUCCUGACAGAAGUAGGAUUUUAAAUAUUUCAUAGCAUUCUUUUUCCUUCUUCUUUUCUGCCAGAAGCCUUGAAAACGUUGUCAGAUUACGAUCUGGGUGGGGGUUUUCAGGAUCAAUUUCCUUUCCUGCUUGAUUGCAUGGUGUAGGUUUGCAAUGAGUUUGUUGGGUUUUUUUUGAAAUUCUUGUAGAACAGAUGCCUUCAGUUGAUGUGAAGAAAGAUUGACUAUGAUUAGAGCUAAUCCAGGAUGGCAGGAUUGGAC